AUGUUGAGAGACUCAAUGGACUAUCUUGCUAACAAUCAUCAGCGCAAAAGGUCCUUUGACUUGGCCAACAACUACCAAGACGUCACGAGUACAAUCCGCCGCUGUGUCCGACAUGGCUCAGCUUCGACAGCUUUGCCAGUAGGCCUACUCGAAUCCUCCCAAAUCCCCGCCUCCUCAAGCAAGAGACGACCGCCUCUUUACCCGACCAAAUACUCGAAUAUGCCCCCGGUCGAGGUGGGCUCGAUCAUGUCAACACCAUUUCCCUCUUUCAUGUCAGUUGUUGGAAAGCCCGAUACAAGCAUCUUGAAGGCUAUGGAAGAGUUGGCGGCCGCUCCGGAGACAAUACCUGAGAGCGACACCCGGAUACUCGUCACCGACGCAAAUCCUCCUACGGACUCGACCGUGCAGCGCUCCACUCUCUUGCUGCAUCAUCGAGACAGCAUCACCUCCAUGACAUCCGCCUCUACGGAAUCCUCACCUACGACCACCAACUCAACCUUUGACUCUCCCCUGAUAACAGACUCCUCACCAUCUUCAUCUCCCGAAUCAGCCAACUCGAAUGCUCCAGUAUCACCUUUCAGGAACAUAAUGGUUAGACCCGAACAAUCGACAGUUCCUCAACAGCAGACGGCACCACCGACCAAAGAAGCCACGACCGGCCCUCUACCGAAGCCUGCCUUGGUUCCAGAGCUCCCCAAGAAUGUCAAGAACCUCUCGUUGAACAUGAGCGCGGUGGUGCUACCCCGACCUUCGACUGCAUACGGAUUCGAGUCCCAUGCAUUCUCUGCUCCGGCGUCGCCUUCGAAGGACACUCCUCGAACAGGCCGGAAAAAGCCGACCAAUCUCACAAUCAGGACCCCAGGAUUUCAACAGGUGACAUUCAACCGAGCAUUGGACGUGCCUCCAACACCAAGCUCCAGACCGUCGUUACACCAUAUGGCUUCUUCACCUGCCCUCGCAUCACUGGCUUCUCCCACGAAACCUCCCCCAGGAGGGCUGUUCCUGCAUUUACCUGCCUCUGGCACUGUUCUGUCUGGAUCUGGAACAGAAUCGAAUAGUUCGGCUCAGUCGGCCAAUCCUCAACUCCCAGAGGUGAGAGAAGAGGACGAAUUCCGCCCGCAGCGAUCACAAGAAACUCAAGAAAAGGGAUAUCCGAAGGGCCCUGUGCUGAUAUACGACAGCGGAGUCUAUCUGUAUCUCGAGCCAACAGCGCAGGAGGCAAGCCAAUUCGACAUGGUCAUAAAUGUUGCCAAGGAAAUUAAGAACCCUUUCGAAAUAGGACCACCGAAACUCGAGAUGGAACCGCAGACAGCCAUUUCGGAGCUGUCGUUCAAGUCGGCGUGGGAAUGGCCUCAACCCAACGAAAUCCCGACGCCAACCACCCCCCGGCCAAACUCGUUCGCUCAACGGCCACAGCCCGAAUACUUGCAUGUGCCAUGGGAUCAUAAUUCGGAAAUUCUGGAGGAUCUGUAUUGCCUAUGUCGACUAAUAGAUGAAAGAGUACAAGCGGGCAAAAAAGUCUUAAUACACUGCCAGUUAGGAGUCAGUCGCUCGGCCUCACUGGUGAUCGCGUACGGCUUAUAUAAAGGCUAUCAACCGGAUUUUCACUCCAUGUAUAUGGCGGUGAAGCAACGGAGUGAAUGGGUAGGACCCAACAUGAGCCUGAUCUAUCAGUUGACGGACUUCCGAUCAAAGGUCGUCAAAGGAGUCUAUGGUGACCACUGCAACAAUCCCAAGCCAAGUUGGUGGAAGAUACCAUCGUCAGGCUCUCCUAUCAUGGACACACCAAUUGCCAAGCAAUCUUCGUGGCUCGGCGAGAGAGCUCCAGCUCAGACGGGCGCUUUGGUCUCUGAACCUUAUGAGAAAGCUCCGCCGCCGUUGAGACUCGAUAAGGCACUUCCUCCGGUACCGCUGUUUCCCAGGGAGGACAAGACGAAUUCAGAAGCUACGCCAGCCAAGUUAAGCCAGAUUUUGGGCAGUAUCGCAAAGCAGUCGCUUGAGCCCACGAAACCAUCAGCCCCAGAACCGGUUACUGAGGUACGCAAUUCUCCACGUCCUCAAAGCCCUCCUCAGAGCGUGUCACCAAGGCCACUGCCAUUCCGCGAAAGAUUCGAUUCACCACCUCCCCAGCAGUCGCCCAAUCCUUCGAAAACGCCCAGGUUAGGGAUUGUGACCAGCUCGCCCAGAAUGGAUGUCGCUGUGGAGGAACCCGACGAACCAUCGCUUCUGUCACCAAGGGCCACAGAAUUUAUGGUUUCACCCUUUGGCAUCACGACUUCAGCAGACCCUGGCAUGACCAAUGGUGGUGGCAAGAACGUGACAAGAGGAGUCUUGCUCCCACGGCAAGUGCAGCAACCAGCACCAUACUCGGUAGCGGGUCAGAUACCAGCACCGUUUGACCCUAGGAGUCCCCACCAACAAGGUGAAGCACCCGAGAUAUUCCGGAACAUUGACGACUUCUUGUGA